CUGACCUCCCCCUACUGUGUCUGAGGCUGCAGGAUAGCGUGCUGUAGAGUAGUGGGUGCAGAGGGUCAUGGUGUCCCCAGUGAGGUCCUGCCCAAGACACCUAUCACUUAAGGGAGCAGGUGUCAUGCAACACUAACCCUCAUACUACAGGUGAAAGGAAAUACAAGGAAAGAAAAUAAAGAAAAGAGAGAGAGAAAGAAAGAGAAAACAGACAAAGCGCAGACGGACAGGUGACGUAAGAAGAGGAAGAAGAAGAGGAAGAAGAGGAAAAAGAAGAAGAAGAAGAAGAAGAAGACAUAGGCAUCUGCUGCAACGAGACUUCACCACCACCACUACCACCACCACCACCACCACCACCAUGCACCACCACCACCACCACCACCACUGCAGCCUACCCUCCCCUCCCUUCCCCAGCACCUCCACCCCAUAGUGAAGGAGAGAGAGAGAAAGAGAGAAAGAAAGAAAGAAAGAAAGAAGUAGAGGAAGGAUCCAGGACUGACUGUUACGAUAAAAGAGGAAGAGGAAGAGGAAGAAGAAGAGGGGGUGUAAUAACUAAUGGAGGAGGAACACCAUCACCACUACCAUCACCAUCACCACUACAACCACAACCUCACUAUAACAAUGCUAUCACCACCACAAACAACAACAACAACAACAACUACUACACCAUCAACAACAACACCAACCACAACAAACACAGCUUGAAAAAAAAAAGACACACAUACACACACACACACACAUACCAACACCACACCACACCACAACAGCACCACAAAUAAUGCCAUCACCACUACAAACCACAAAAUCACCAAGAAAAACAGCUUAAAACACCACACAGACACCCCCUCCAGGCACUCACAUACCCUUGAAGUAUCGGGUGUGUGUGUGCGUGAAGAGCAGACGUUGUGAGUGGGCGCAGGCAGGUAGAGGAGGUCACCGUGGCGGGGUCUAUCUCCAUGCAUCUCCACCCUGAAACUUGUGUCAAUGCUAAAAGUGAUUGCUCCAUAUUGUCCCUGUCUUGGAUGGGGAGGGUGCCGGACGAUAUGCCAGAGGAUGAAGGAUGGAAGCUGAACCGCGUCCAUUACUACCAGGAGGGGUGGCUGGCGACUGGAAACGCGCGGGGCAUUGUGGGAGUCACCUACACCACCUCGCACACGAAGAAGCCAGCUGACACCCCGCCCAGAACCAAUUACAAUCUUAGGGGUCAUCGCGCGGAGGUGACCCUCGUGAAGUGGAAUGAGCCGUACCAGAAACUCGCCACCUGUGACUCCUCGGGCAUCAUCUUCGUGUGGAUUAAGUACGAGGGGCGGUGGAGCAUCGAACUGAUCAAUGACCGCAACACGCCCGUGACGCACUUCUCCUGGAGUCACGAUGGCAGGAUGGCGCUUAUAUGCUACCAGGACGGCUUCGUGUUGGUGGGUUCCGUGGCGGGGCAGAGGUACUGGUCUUCAAUGCUCAACCUGCAGAGUACCAUCACUUCUGGGGUCUUCACGCCUGAGGACCAACAGGUGUACUUCGGCACCACGUCCGGGCUGGUGAUUGUAAUGGACGUGCACGGCGCCAUGGUGUCCCAGGUGCCCCUCCUCGACGACACGGCCAUUACCCACCUCGCCUGGUCCUGCCCCAAGUUCAAGAUGGAGGAAAGUGACGAGAAUCCAACCGCCAAUAAGACAGCAGGCAGCGAAGGCACCUCCCUCCUCGCUGUCGUGUUUCAGACUGGACUCGUUUACCUGCUCCGAACUCACGACGACCUCACGCCCACCGUCAUAAGGACAGGACUACGAGGGGUGCAGGUGGAGUGGACGAAUUCAGGUGAGCUGCUGGCGGUGGCGGGGCACCUGCCUGACGAAGGUUGCACCGUGGGAGCCGCCACUGCCAACCCCGUCAGGAAUGUAGUGAAGUUCUACACCCGCAGCGGCACAGUCCGGUACACGCACCAUCUUCCCUUGGGCCAGCACCCAGUGACGGCACUCACCUGGGGCCACAACGACAAGCGGGUAUUCGUUGCCACGGGGAUGCACCUUCACAUUGGUCGUGUGUCCCGCCGUGUGGCCUCCUUGCAGCUGCUGUGUCGCCUGGCUAUCAAGAGCAGGGUCACCGAGGAGGACAAGGUGGCCCGAUUGCCCCUACCCAGACGACUCAAGGCUCUCGUCACCUCGCUGUACACGCAGACCAUCAGGUGUUACAUCCCAGACGCGAGGCAGCUGCGGGAAUUCGUGACAAGACCUCCGUGCCCCAGCCAGCGCCUUCACUGCACCAUGAUAAGACACGACGAGGACCUGGUGCCCACUCCCGGCGCCUGCUACACCCUCUACCUCGAGUACCUGGGGGGUCUCGUGCCGCUCCUCAAGGGCAAGAGAACCAGCAAGAUACGCCCUGAGUUUGUUAUCUUUGAUCCGCAAGUUGACGAGGUGUUCGGCAAGGAGGGCGGCGGGGGCGGCUGUGGCGUGGGCGGCGGAGUGACGGUCGGCGCGGGCGGGACACUCCCCAACGGACACCCUGCCCUCAGCGACACGUCAGACACGGAGUACGAAGACAUGUGUGCCUCGCCCAGACUGCAGCGGCGGAGGAAGCUGAAGAGGAGAAUCCGGGAGCGUCUUGAGAGCGAGACUGACGAGCUGGUAUACCUGGACACGCUGCCGGAGCAACACCGUCUAGUCGAGGUCACGUCCAACAUCUGGGGCACCAAGUUUAAGCUACAUGGUGUUGCCUCCUCCCUGCCUGCCAAUCUGGGUCAGGUCACGUACAAGACAUCACUCCUUCAUCUGCAGCCACGCCAGAUGACCCUCGUAAUCACGGAGCUACGCGAGGACAUCCCACCGAGGCCUGACCCGAAUUUCAAUCCUAAUGUUUUCUCAGAGGAUGAAGAGGAACUGGCUGACCGCCUGGCAUCGCGGCGCCCCCAGGAUCACACCACAGACGUGCCGCCCAUCGCGCCCAUGACUCCACGCCGUACGCCCUCGUCCUACUCCCGCCAGGGGCUGCACACCACGCCCUGGGAGGUGGCGGCGCCCCCCAGGCCCUCACAGGACGCGGGGGGCACGGAGGGGGAGGAGAGCGGGGCUGGGGAGUCUGAGAGGGGCCUGAUGCAGGAGCUGGAGGAGCACCCGUAUGUAGAUCUCGCCACGCCGGAGAUGCUACAGCUGCGGGAGGGCCUGAGGGCGGAGAUGAGAGGCGAGGGGCACGUGGCGCUGCACCUCCCUCCCCACCAGGUGCACCUCCCCACUUCCCUCCCGCAGGAGCCACACAUGUUCUCCGUCAUGCGUGGGUCUGCGCCUUCAAGUCCUCCCAAGCACUCCGUCAGCGCCUUCUGCUGCGACCCCGCCACGCUGCAGUCCCCCAAGAACACCGUAGCCCCCACCCCCAUUGUCACACGCACCUCCCCCGCUGCUGUGCUGGAGAUCCACGAGGCAGCGGUUGGCAGGGGGCACCACAAGGCAGGGGCGCCCUCCCCCUCACCCAGCCCCGUCCCCAUGCAGUCCAGGUCGCGGGGAGAGGAGGUGCGUCUCGUGGCCAUUGACAACGUCCUCCUCCAUCACUUCGUCUCCUCCUCCACCUCCUCAUCCACGUCCUCCUCCGCCUCCUCCUCCUUCACUCAUCACUCGUCCGCCGCCGCCGCCGCUGCUGCCGCUGCCGCCGCCGCCGCCGCUGCUGCUGCUACUGCUGCUGCUGCUGCCGCCGCCGCCGCUGCUUCUUCUUCCGCCUCAGUCACCACCACCGCCACCACCACCGUCACCACCACCACCACCACCACCAUGAACAACAACAACAACAUCACCGCCACCAACAACAACAACAACAAUCUCUACAACCUCACCCACAACAACAAUAACAACACCACCACCACCGCCGCCGCCGCCGCCUUCCACCACCACCUCAACAACAACAACAACAACAACAACAAUCAUAACAACAACAUCAACACGCAUCACCACCACCAUCACCACCACCACCACCACCAUCACCAGCACAGCAGCAGCAGCAGCAGCAGCAGUAGCAGCAGCAGCAGCUCGGGAAGUAACAGCAGCAGUGGUAACAGCACCCACCGCAGCCCACAGCACGCACAGGGCACCACCACCACCACCACCCCCCCGACCACGCCACCGCCAGGAAUCACCGCCACCACCACCACCACCACCACUACCGGAGGCGGCGGCGGCGGAGGAGGAGGCGGAGGGGGAAGUUGUAAUUUACGAAGUGAUAUGAUAAGAUAUAUAGACGAGGAGAGUGGGGAAAGUGACACCCGCUCCUUCACGCCCUCCCCCGCCCGCAGCAGCCGCCCGCACGCCCAAGCCUACACCCCAAGAGCCCGCAGUAAGAGCGUGGGUCACCUCCACCACCUCGACUGUCAGCUGCCGCAACUCCACCAGCUGAGAAAUAUCGACGCCUUUCUGGCCUUCAGGACUUCCGGGUGCCUGAUGGAGUCGCCGAAGAAGAGACAGGUCGGAGAGAGUGAGUGGAGACGCCCCUGCCUGGCUGACUGUGGCAAAAGCAGGAGUCUUGAUUCCUCUCCACUCAUCCUGAAGCGCCUCCACCACCACCACCACCACAGCCACCACCACCACCACUACCACCACUACCUGACCAAGCCCACCACCACCACCACUAUUGCUGCUGCCACCACCACCACCGCCACCACCACUACUGCUGUGAGCGCGUCCACUGUCAGCACCACCACCACCACCGCCUCCACCACCGUCACCACCGCAGCAGUGGAUCUUCACAACCAAAGUAGAAGUUAUUACGAAAGACAACAGAAGAAUUUGACCAGAACGCUGAAGGAGAGUGUGUUGGUGGAGCGCCUUGCCGCCCUACAGAGGGAGACGCAGCCACCGCCCACGCCUCGCCACCAAGCCACGCCCGAAGCCGCCCGCCGCCUCAACACGCCCAUCCACACGCCCACUAUCGCCGCCGCCGCCCACGCCAGCAAGAGCAUUCCCUCCACGCCUGUUAAGACCAGGAAGGCGCGGCGACACCAGUCCUCUUCCCCAAUCAGGAAACACCUCCUUAACUCGCCACUGCUGUCCCGCCGCCGCCAACGCCGGGGCACCGUGGAGAGCAGCGACGACGAAGUGCUGCACUGCUCCAGCGACGCCGAGGUCCUCUGCUCCUCCUCCAAUUACCGUGACCUCGAGACCUUCCAGAAGACUCAGCUCAGGAACAAGCUGCGGCGCUCCAGGGGUCGGAAUGACGGCAGCGGGGGCAGCGGCGGGGAGAGCUCCGGGUCUUCCACGCCGCGGCACCGCCAGUACGUGAUGCACAACAAGGCGCCGCUGUGGAACGAGAAUUCGCAAGUGUACCAGCUUGACUUUGGUGGCAGAGUGACGCAGGAGUCCGCCAAGAACUUCCAGAUUGAGUUCAAGGGAAAGCAGGUGAUGCAGUUUGGGCGCAUAGACGGCAACGCUUACACCCUUGAUUUCCAGUAUCCGUUCAGCGCUGUCCAGGCGUUUGCUGUAGCGCUGGCCAACGUGACACAGCGGCUUAAAUGAUAUAGGAUGCACCCAGAGAGACAGGCCACCCAUAGUCACAGCGUGGUUGUCUUAGAAUUCUGGUAAUGCCGUCCCAUAGCUACGCCUCUCCCCACCACAGUACCCACCACCGCAGCGAGGAGCAACACCCCUCACCACAGCAAGCCCCAGGACCCCCACCACCUCACCACCGCAGCUUCCCCCACACCAGGAGGAACACAGCACCUCUAUCCGCUUCGUUAGGUUUGAGUUCGUUUCGGUUACUCAUUCGGUUCCUUUCCAACGCCUCGGAUGCUUUUUGCUGCUGCUACUGCUGCUGCUGCUGCUGCUGCUGCUACUAUACUACUACUACUACUGCUGCUGAUGAUGAUACUGAUACUGAUGCCGCUGUUGUUGUUGUUGUUGCUAUCCUCAGUUUUUUGCGUGAAGGAGGAGGAGGAGGAAGGAAGAAAGAAAGGAAGGAAGGAAGGAAGGAAGGAAGGAGAAAGGAUAGGGAGAUGUGUUGUAUGAAAAAGAUGAGGGAAAAAAGGGAGGAAGAAAGUAGAAAGGAAAAUAUAUAUACGGUUUUUGACUGAGGAAAAGAUUGACGAUGAGAAAGAAAAGAAAUUGUGUGUUAUGUGAAUGGGGGAGAAAAAGAGGAAGAGGAAAUGAAAAGGAAAGUAUGCUAAGCCUUUUUGCGUGAGGAAUGAAGGAAUGAAGGAGAAAGCGGAAAAGAAGAUGUGUGUUAUAUGAAAAGAGAAGGAAAAAGGGAGAUGAAAAUGAAAAUAAUAGUAUGUUUUCUUUUUUUUCUUUUUUUUACUUAAUAGUUGAUGGAGGAGGAGGAGGAGGAGGAGGAAGAAAAGAGAAAUGUGUGAUAGGAGGAAAAGAAAACAAAAGAAGACUGAGGUUGUCUAGAAAAGAGAGGAAAAAAAGAAGACAAGGAGGAAGAGAAAGAAAGUGUUAAAGGAAAAGAAAACGAAGGUAGCAAAGAGGAGGAGAAGGAGGAAGAGAAAAAGAGAUGAGUGAGGAAGGAAGGAGGUCGGAAAACAAUGUGAAAGGAUUAAAAGAAAGAAAGAAGAGAAGAAGAAGAAGAAGGAGAAGAAGAAAGGUGUGAUGAUGGAAAGUGAUAUUAUUACAUGAAGAGCUGGAAGAAGAAAGAAGAAGAAGAAGAAGGAGGAGGAGAAGAAAAAGAAAGAAAAGUAGAUGUUACAAUAAGUGGAAGAAAGAAUGAAGUAGAAGAACAAAUUGAAGAAAAAUAGAAGAAGAAGAAAAGAAGAAGGAGGAGGAGGAGAAAAAGAAAGAAAAGUAGAUGUUACAAUAAGUGAGAGAAAGAAUGAAAUAGAAGAACAAAUUAAAGAAAAAAUAGAAGAAGAAAAGAAGAAGAAUGAGAAAGAAGAAUGAAGAAGGAGAUAGAAGAAUGAAGAAGAUUUUUAUGAGUGAGAAAUAUUUAGAGAAGCAAGAAAUAAUGCAAAAAAGUAGAAAGAGUAAAAAAAUGGAAGGAAGGAAAAGAGGAAGAAGAAGAAGAGGAGGAGGAAGUGAAGUAACAGAAAAAAAAGAGAUGAAAGAAAAAACGCGAGAAGGACGAAGAAUGUGAAAUAAAGAAAUAACUGAAAGGCAGGAGAAGGAGGAGGAGGAAGUAAAGGAGAAGAAAGGAGGAAGAAAAAGACUAGAGGAGGAGGAAGACUAGGAGGAGGAGGAGGGGGAGGAUAAAAGUAUACAAAUCGAAUAUACAUUUAAGGUUAGGUUAAGUUUAUAUUGACUUUAGAAAAAAACAAAAAUACAAAAAAUAAAUCCAAAUUAUUGAACGUGUUUUUGUGUUGAGACGAAACUAAAAGAAAGAAAAAAAGAAAACUAAAGAAAACAAUUUGUCGAUUAUAAAACAAAAUGGAAAAAAAUGAAAAAAAAACUGUGCAAAAUAAGAAAAGAAAAUUAUAUUGGAAAGAAAAGAAAAGAAAAAUAAGAAAAGCGCAAUAAAAUAGUGAUAAAAACUAGAUAAUACCUGAAGAGAGAGAGAGAGAGAGAGAGAGAGAGAGAGAGAGAGAGAGAGAGAGAG